AUGAAAAAAUUAAGAACUGCCUUUCUAAAAGAUGGAACAAUAACAGCAGCAAAUGCAUCAAAAAUUAAUGAUGGUGCAGCUGCUUGUUUAUUAACCCUUUACCCUCCCUUGGUCGCUGGAGUGACCAUUUGGUUAAUGACACGUCAAGCUGCUGAUGGACUUGGUUGUAAACCAAUAGCUCGACUCAUUGCUUUUGCUGAUGCUGCAACAGCUCCAGUUGAUUUCAGUAUAGCACCUGCUUUGGCCGUUCCAAAGCUUUUAAAGCUUGCCAAAGUUGAUAAAAAUGAUAUUGCAUUAUGGGAAUUUAAUGAGACAUUUAGUUCUGUUGCUUUAGCUAAUGCUAAAAUACUUGGUCUUAGUAUUGAUAAAAUGAAUAUAGAUGGUGGUGCCGUUGCACUUGGACAUCCAAUUGGCAUGUUUGGUGCAAGAAUUGUCGUGCAUUUAUGUCAUAGUUUAAAGUCUGGUCAAAAAGGUGUUGCUGAUGUAUGUAAUGGUGGUGGUGGUGCAUCAAGUAUUUUAAUUGAAAAACUUUAA